ACUCCGGAGAGGCAUACAGAAAUAGUGAGGCGGUAGGAAGGAUGUCGGGCGAAAAGGAGUUGCACAGAGAGCUGGAGCAGCUGAAGAGGAAGGAGCGGGAGCGGGAAAAGGAGCUGCAAAAGGAGCUGCACCGGCUGCGGGAGAGGCAAGAGCAGCGGGAAAAGGAGCUGCAGAAGGAGGUGGACAGGCUUAGGAAGAAAGAGGCCCAGCUCGAGAAGAAGAGGAAGCCCAAGGAGGAGCCGGACAACCACGGCAAACUCGCCAAGGAGCCAAAGGACAAGCCCAAGCUCAGGCAGUCGUUUAGCGCGUCCAUUACCACGUUGGCGAGCAACACGCUCCUCCACCAUAAGCAGGACAAGCAGCAGGAACAGCAGCACAAGUAGUACCUGUACCUAUGGGGACUGCUGGAGCGAUUGGGAAGACCGGGAGGAAAGGAAGAGGGACCCGAGAGAAGAGAAAGUGGUGAAAGUUGGGAUGUCGUUGUGGCGCUGGUUUCUACAAUUAUGUUAAGUGGUACGUGUACUCGAGGAAAUCCGUUGGUUCGAUAGAAACGAGCUGGCUAAAGUUUUUUUUUUUUUUUUUUUUUUUUUUUCCCCGAGAUACAUAAAUAUAUACGUGGAGUAGUCAAGGGUCUUGUUGGCCGAUGGAGGCCAAGUGCCAUCACCAUGUGUUACGGAUAUUUAUUGCAAUAUCUUACUAAUCUUGAAGGGGAUCACCAUCGUUUUUCCAGAUUGGCCAAGAGACGAAACGAAGAGACUAACCAAAUGACGAAUCUGUUUUCGCACAGAGAUAAACAAAAAAUUUACUAGAUUCGAGAAAAUCCGUUUACUUGAUUUCUAUUGAGUAAAAACAAAUCAUUAAUUACUUGGAACUAGUACGUUUUCUUUUUCUUUUUCUUUUUUUUUUUUUUUUUUUAGUGCACCUAAGGUGUACAACAUGUAUUGUUUGUACUGUUGAUUAAAUCAUCGACUAUUACUAAUUGUACCUGUACGUAAAUAUAACAGUAACAUUAAUAAUAAUAAUCAUAUAUUUUUCUACUCUUGUUUUUUACAUUGUUUUUUGUGUACACCCAUAUGUGUAUUUAAAAAUAUAAUAAUGAUGAUAUAUUCGUAUAUCUUACGUUUUGUACAAAACUUUAACAAAGAAUAAACGACUCACCCAAAAACAAA